AUGUUUGCUGGAAGCCGCGGUGACCGCGCCAAGCGAGAUAAGGCACCGGGAGUCGUGGCAGCAGGACCACACGCUCAAAGCAAUGGUUGCGUCGUAUGCGGCUUAGACCAGAACGGAGACAGCAUUCUGCUCUGUGACGGCUGCGACGGCGAGUACCACAUGUUCUGCCUUGUGCCACCCCUCACUGAGAUCCCGGCUGGAGACUUUUACUGCAAGAAGUGCACGGACGCUAAUCUGGCCAAGCAGCGCAAGGCGGAAGGUGCCGCCACCGCCACCGCUCCAUCCACAGCCGCUCCCGAUGGACGACCGGUGGUUCCUCCUUCAGCUUCGGUCGCCCGUGCUGCUUCCCCAGCUCCUGCGUCUGCUACUGCUUCUGCGUCAGCCAAACCGACCAUCCUUAUGAAGGAGUCUAAGUAUAGGGGUGUGUCUAAAGUGUCGAUGAAGGGCGUCAAGAAGCCGUUCGUGGCCAAACUAUGGCAGGGCUCUAAGUACCUGCAACUGGGAACCUUCGGCAGCGAGAUUGAGGCUGCUCAUGCCUACGACAAGGCCGCGCUCAUGCACUACGGCAAGAGUGCACAACUUAACUUUCCGCACUUGCACGAAAGCUUCAUCCGCCCUGAAGUAGCCUUCAGUGUGCGGCCACAAAACUCUAGCUCUGCUGCGGCAGCGACUGCGCUGUCCGCUCCUGCUCACGCGUCGUCUGUGGAUAUUUACUCGUCUUCUGGACGCGGGCGAGGCAGAGGUCGUGGACGAGGCCGAGGCCGCGGACGGAGCAAGCGGUCACAGGAAUUUCCUGAUGCGCAUGGAACGCCUGCACAUCUAGAGGCCAAGCGUCGCAAGAUAGAUUACGCUGAAUUGUCGAUAGGUCCGUCUAAGCAACAGGCACCUAACUUGCUGUCUAAAAAGUAUCUGGGCGUCCAGGUACACCGCGUAUACGCCCAUGCACAGAUUCACGUGAACGGUAAGGCUGUCAAUUUGGGCACGUUUUCCACUUCCAAGGAUGCGGCUAUGGCGUAUGACAUGGCGGCAUUGAAAUACUUUGGAGGAACGAUCGGUUCUACUGACGCUCGUCCCGAAGAAAUCGUCCUCAAUUUCCCAGAGAAACGUAACGAAUAUCUGAAACAGCUGAUGGAGGAGGAGAAGCAAAAGAUGGUGCGACAGGUUGGAGGGUCGAGCUAUGCCAGUCGCAGCGCUCAGAACGCCAAGUACAACUUGUCAAUUAUGAAGCUCAACUCCUGGAUGUCAAAGCUUCAGCGAUCAGUAAAGAUGGUUGAAGCCUCUCAAAGAGUGGAGUGGGGUUUUCACCACGAGUCCAUGAAGAGCGAGGAGAAACGGGAGGAAAAACAAAAAGAAAAAGAAGUUAUUAGCGUGCCUCCAUUGGUGAAGACCGAAAUCUUCGGCUCUGGACCUAAGAUCAAAAGAGAAUUUACAACACGGGAUCGAAAGCUGAGGCAGAGCAAAAACGAAAUUCAAGAAGCGAUUGCACUGAUGAUCGAGGAGCUAAAGAUCUUCGCGACCGACGCGCCUGUAGACCCGCUUUUCCAGCCACCGCCUCGCUGUGCACCUAUUCUCGAUUUAUUGUCCACUUCUCGACACUUGAAGUUGAUCAGUGCGAUUAACGAUCUUGCCCAUCUGAAAGUCAACGUUGACGGAAGCGAUUCAACCAUUGUAGAUGACGGACGCUUUGAAAGUAAACUGCAAGCUGUUGUGGACAAUCGUGCCCGCCUCCAGAUGUCAAGUGGUAACGAAAAGCAGAAAUUGGCAAAUUAUAUGCGUGAGUUGAAGGCUGCGACGUCGCUUCGUCCUACAACUGUUCCUGGUGGCACUAACAGUUCUGCGACCACGACAGCAAUGAGAACUCAAGCGAAGGAGCAACCUGACACUCUGAAAAAAGCAAAAUACGUGAAGCGGAAAGUGCCGAUAUCGAUCCCACCGAAGCCUGUGGUUAUAGAUCUUUUGUCGGAUGAGGAAUCGCAGGAACAAGAGAACAAAAAAAUGAAACAAGAGCCUGCUGCCACUACAGCCGAGGCAUCUUUGGUCGAUGUGAGUAUGGGAGUCGCUUUACUAGAGCAAAAGCAACCCGAAGAGUUUGUGGGCGAAGCGAUUAAGAAGGAAAAAAAAACUACUGGUACGGCAAUUGAAGAUGGUAACGGUGAACCGUCUACUAUAUCGGUGGUAGAGAAGAGCACGGACUUGGCAGAAAGUGGCGAUAAGCGUGUUGUCGCAUCUUCAGUCUCGCAAAUUAUGACUAGUGAUAAAGAGCUCGCGGAGACAGAUACGAUAGUGGCAGCUGACUCCGAAACGGAGAAAGAGAAGGAAUCGACGGAGGAUACCCUUGAAUUGAACAAAGGUGAGGAGGACAAGAUCGAACCUGGAGCUUCUGACCACAAGGCUGCGGGAGAUGCAGAUACAGAAAAGACGGAGUCACACAGACGUGGUGAUGAAGCAAAGGAUACUAGCUCUACAUCUUCUAAAAGCACCACGAGUAGUGUCGAAGACGUAUCUGAUGCUGCAAAGAAGGAUGAUGACGUCAGUAUGGGAGAUUCUGGUGAUGCGUCUUUGUUUAUAACAGUUGCUGUUCCCAAGGACGACUUUGAGUGGCAGUUCUGCUUGGCUAUUCAAGUGCCCACAGCGAAGGAGAGUCCCAUGACAAGUGACGGCGUGUGGCGAUUACUCCCGCUAUCUAGCGGGAUCCAAUUGGGCGAAUUCAUCGAAGACGUCUUCCUAACCGAAAAGGAGGUUUCAAAAAUGGAAAUCUCAGAGGAAGAGGUAUGCUCCUCUUCUGCUGCUACCGACGGAACAACACCAUUGAUGGAGCAUUUGCGCCAGCUGCAUGUCGAAGAAAGCCAUGUGCGUCAGCGAAUUCAGCGGGAAACAAACCACCAGCACGCACUACAGGGUAUUAUAAAGAUCGAGCAAGACCGAUUGAAUCAGAUAUCGGUGGUAUACCGUGAAGUCAUGAUCAAUCUUGAUUCGAAAACCUCACUGGCACUCAAGAAUCAUGCGCGCGUGAGUCAGGAUGCACAGUUGGUGAAGUUGAUGGAGCACUCGUUUAACCCAAUUUUGGGUGACCUCCUAGACAAAUGUGAAGUAGCACUACUGAACUGUUUUCGGAAACUCUCUCUUCGAUUUGUGGAUUUUUCCCAAGAGUUUGAGUACUACCGCAGUGCGCUGCUCAAUUUGACUCAAUCUUCAUGGAACGAUAUCGCCACCGAGGUGGAACACGGCAGUUCAGUUGGUACAUCGGAUCUGGUUAUGGACGACAACAGCGUAACCAUUAAGCGUGAAAAUAUAGCGAAGGUAACAGGGGAGGGAGGGAACAGAAUCCCGACAGUUUCGUCCGGUGAUAAAGUGGAGCUUGACGGUAGUGGAGCUGUCACACUCGAGGAAAUGGAUGAGCUUGACGAUUUAGGUGACAGCUCUGGGCUAAGGGAAGCCUAUAUCAGCUUUUACAUGAGCGAAAUGGAAGCUCUGUGGAAAGAGCGAAGCUCGUCGCUCGAAAUGGUGCAGGCGAUUCAGCGGUCACUGCUGCAUACCUCACUUCAAGUGGAUGAGGAGCAGAAGCCAUUUGAGCUAAAGUCUUCUGGUGAUGCUGAGAGGAAGGUAGAAGACCACGAGGAUGACCAAAAAAUGGUCGAGUUUACGGAAACGGAAGAACAAUCCGAAGAAAAGUCAGCAGAGUCCGAGGUGCUACUGGAGGGGACGACAUUGACUGGAGGUGUCACAACUGGAAAGGAAGCGGGUGUGAUCGAUGAAAAGGCCGAUGCGGAAACGCCUGAUGCUGCGUUAUCGAAAUUCGAGAGCACCCAGGUCAGCAGUGAGCUCAUUGUGAAAAGUGAGCCGAAGAAGGUGGCAUCAGGACAAUUCCGGCGUGAGCAGGAGUUACGUGAAGCAGUUGAUUCCAGUUUGGCUCAAUGGCAGCGUAUCCAGUGGCCGGAGGAGCUCAACUCGACGUUCCUCACUCCAAUAACAACUUCGAUCUUGUCAAGUACGUCUUCAGCUGUCAAAAGUGAGCUAAAUAAGUCGCAUACUUUAUCUGGAACAGAUGAAGCGGGUGUAGAGCACGAUUCGCCAUACAGCGUCAUGGACGAGUUGAAACGUGUAAUGAUCGACUUGACACAGGACGAAGUGGUUUCUGUCUUGCCCCCGAUUGAGCCUUCGACGUUGGUGACGUAUCACCCUGUGUUCAUCAACCACCAUACGCCGAAGGACCACCCCGAAUGCCCCGAGCGUAUGGAUGUGAGUGCUGUGUGCUUUUUAUUUUAUUUUAUGUGCUUUACCAAUUCUGCAUUUCUUUAUUUCGUAGCGGGUCGUAAACAUACUGAACACACUGGUAAAAAAACACCAAGAAACACUCAAGCUGGAGCGUCUCUCGAUGUCACCAGAAGAGCUGUGCCCACCGGAAACAACGCUCUUGAUGGUACAUUCCCCGACUUACUUGCGACUGCUGAAGGAGCGAUCAAUCGAAGCUGGUUCGCAGUCUGCGUCGUCCCCCACCGCUUCAUCGCCAUCUUCUCGUGCUCUUGUGUUCGAGUCUGACUCUGGCAUUCGUGACGAAACACCUAGGCGUGGUGGCCAAAGUAAAAAUGGUCGCCCUCCGCUUGUUGGUGCCUUCGGCGCUGCUAGUCUCGAGCAGAGUGGUGUGGAGCUAGACACGUUCGUGAGCAGCAAAUCUUGGGAUGUUGCUCGUGCUGCUGCGGGAACGGUGUGCCUUGCAGUCGAUCGGGUUGUGCGAAAGG